GGGAGGCGGGCGGGCGGGCUUAUUAUGGGCUGUGGGCGCCGCCGCCGCCGAGGAGCCCAAGAUGGAGCUGUCUGCAGUGGGGGAGCGCGUCUUCGCCGCCGAGUCCAUCAUCAAGCGGCGCAUCCGAAAGGGGCGCAUCGAGUACCUGGUGAAAUGGAAGGGCUGGGCCAUCAAGUACAGCACCUGGGAGCCCGAGGAGAACAUCCUGGACUCGCGCCUCAUCGCCGCCUUCGAGCAGAAGGAACGGGAACGGGAGCUGUACGGGCCCAAGAAGAGAGGACCGAAGCCCAAAACUUUUCUCCUGAAGGCUCGGGCCCAAGCGGAGGCCCUCCACAUUGGGGAUGUACACUUUUCUGUCAAGCCUGGUUCUAGCACCUCGUCUCCCAAGCUCCACUCCAGCGCCGCGGUGCACCGGCUCAAGAAAGACAUCCGGCGAUGCCACCGCAUGUCCCGGCGCCCCCUGCCUCGCCCGGACCCCCAAAACGGGGGGAGCGUGGGCGGCGGGGCCGGCAUCCGUCCUCCCGUCUCGCCCUUCUCGGAGACCGUCCGCAUCAUUAACCGCAAGGUGAAGCCCCGCGAGCCCAAGCGCAGCCGCAUCAUCCUCAACCUCAAAGUCAUUGACAAAGGUGGCAAGCCGGCCAACGGGACCGGGGGGGCCCUGGCUCGGCCCAAGAUCCCGUCCCGAAACCGCGUCAUCGGCAAGAGCAAAAAGUUCAGCGAGAGCGUCCUCCGCACCCAGAUCCGCCACAUGAAGUUCGGCGGCUUCUCGCUCUACAACAAGCCGUCUGCCGCGCCCGCCCCCUCCCUGGAGGGCAAAGGGGAGGCCGAAGGUUCCCAGGCGGCCUCCUGCGGGCUCAUGAUGGGCUCCACCCCGUACGAUGCCCCCAGCUCCAGCUCCUCCGGCUGCCCGUCGCCCGCCCCCCACUCCUCGUCCGACCCCGAUGAUUCCCCUCCCAAGCUGCUUCCCGAGACCCUCAGCCCGGCCAUCCCCGACUGGCGCGAGUCGGAGGUCCUCGACCUCUCGAUCCCACCCGAGUCAGCUGCCACCAGCAAGCGUUCUCCCCCGGGAGGCUGCGGCGGGGGGCAGACGCCCUCCUUGUCCCUUUCUUCUUCCGAGCCGGAGCAGGAGGCCGGCGACUGGCGUCCCGAGAUGUCCCCUUGCUCUAACGUGGUGGUCACGGAUGUCACCAGCAACCUCCUCACGGUCACCAUCAAGGAGUUCUGCAACGCGGAGGAUUUCGAGAAGGUGGCGGCGGGCGGCGGGGGAGGCGGCAGCAAGUGAGCGAGCCAGGUCCCCCUGCUCCAGGGGCGUGGGGGGAGCUCUACCUGCGAGAAGUCGUGGUGUGAAUGGCUGUCCUUGGUUCUCUCCUUCUCCCCUGCGCUGUCCCUCGUCCCUCACGGCCGCCCUUCCUCCUCCUCCUCCUCCUCCUCCUCCCCUCCUGCCCGGAGGCUGGAGUGCUGCGCUGUGGGGGGAGCGGGAGGUGGAGGAGGCGGUGGUGGGGCUGGGGAGUGGUUGUUUGUCCUUGAGUGUGGUGUCGUCCAACCGGCGGUGGGGCCUUUGGGGCUGAGCAUAUGCCUGCGCCUGUGGGGAAGCCGCUCUUCCCCCUCCUCCCCCUUCCAUCUUCGACAAAAACUGCAGAGGAGCUCCGCAGCCUUGAGGGGUGGACGGAAGAGGACUGGAGCCCCCACCCCCUGAGCCUUCCCCCCCCGAGGUGCGUGCAGUCUCUUCCAUUCCGCUAUUUCCCCCUCGCCACGACGCCGAUCCUACCGUCCUCGCCCUCCUUGGCCCGCGGCCUGGAUCCGCCAUCUCCUGGGCUGCGGUGGUGGCUCCAGGUGCCCCAGGACAAGGAGGAGAGGGGCGUGAGGUGAAGCGUCGUGCCUGGAAGGUGCUGGUGACAAAGCUGGGGCCGUGGGGCUGCCCCACGCCGCAAACCGUCCCACGUUGGCUUCCCCUUCCCUCUAACUAUUGGUGCUACCUUGGCAGUUGUACGGCCGCUUUCAGGUGGCCUGCUCCCUCCUCCUCCUCCUGCAUCUUCCGACUUGCUCAGCCUUGCAGGGGGGAGAGGGAAGAGAAGAGGAGCCUGCUUCCAGCCAGACCUUCCUCCUGGCGUUCGUCACUUGCACUUGCCUGGGGGAGAGGGCAUGAAAUGUCCCCCACCCCCCCCGGCCCUUCUGUGGUGGGAGCGGGAGUUCGGCCGUGCGUCCGUCCCGCAGCCGGGGAGGAGAGGCGCUGACAGGGCUGCUCUCCUGCCUCCUGCGUGAGCUUCCCCUCAACCUUUCCGCUUCCCCCCUGCUCCCUCAGAGGGAAGGGAGGACGCCGAGGUGGGCGGCUUGCUCUUCCCGCUUCCUUUCCUCUCUCCUUUCUCUGCCGAGAGCGGCCUGGAAGAGGGCUCCCCCCUGUCAUUUCGGGAUCUGAAAGGGCCCGUACAACUGUCAACCAAAGGUGCUGACAAGAAAUAACUGUCUCUCUCGCAUCAGAAGCACGUGUGCUGGUUCUCUUCCCCUGAGAGCACCCCGGGUCGAUCUACAAAUCCCUUCUCUUUGUCCCGUGCAAGUAGGAGCAAGCGAGACCCAUAGCUGGCCCUUCUCUUCCCCACAGCUCCCUCUUUCCCCGACCACCCUUGUUCGUGUCCAGAGCAGGCUCUCUCCUUCUCCUGCCUCUUCUGGCUUGCUCGACUCCGUGUCAGCCGUAGGCUUGACGGUGAGAUGCCGCUCCUUUGCUCUCCCUUCUCCCCCUCCUUGCGUGUGGCUGGGCUGUGGGGACAAGGCGAAGAGGUGCUGACGGAUCGACCCGUGGGAGAGCCUCGCCUCUCAGCCCCGUCCCCGGGAUGGGGCCCAGGGGUUUUACCUCUACAUACAUGGUGCGGAGGCGGAAAAGGGUGGGGGAAGGAAAUUCCCUUCUGCGGGAGGAUGCUCGGGAGCUCCCCCCUUGGCACACCUCUUCCUUUUCCUUUCCUCGUUUUAAGAGCUCAGUGGACGCUUUGGGGAUGCGGUCGCAUUCACGGCUGAAGCUUAGGGGCAGGGAGAAAGAGACUUCCCCGAUCCAUUCGCCAAGCUAAGGCUUCCUAUAACUCGUUGGACUCGUGUGCGUGUCUGUAUUAAUACCUGCCUGUAUUCUUUGUGUCUUUACUUUUGCAUCUUUCCUGUGCCUGGCACACCCGGGGAUCCCUUAUUUUAGCAUAGCCUAUCCAUGCGACUGCAGCUUCAAAGAUUGUAGUUCUAGGGAAAAGCUCUUCGGGAAAUAGCAGGGAGAUCUCUCUCUUAUUCCCUUUCUAAACAACAACAAAAAACUCAACUAUUUGGAGGCUGCAGGAUAAGAGGAGCUUCUUUGUGGGGUGGAUGCAAACUGGCCAGUCACUUUAGGUUGUUCAGUUGCUGUUUGGUGUGCGCGUGGUGAUGUGUUUCGUUUUGUGGUAAUGAGGUUCUGAAAAACAAACAAACAAACAAACUGAAGCGUUUAAGCGGGAGAUAAAAGGGAACUUUAAUAGGAAACUCUUGAUGUGUUUUGGCCAAGACGUGUUCGCUUGGCAGAAUUCUUUUCCCCAGUGUCUCUUGUACGGUGUUCUUUGGGGGCGGGGGGCAGGAAUUGUUUAAUCGAAGGGUUUUUGCCUUUCUCCAGAGUGACAAGCAAGGGGACUGUCUGUGAAGAGCAAAACAGUGGGUCGUUGUAGGGAUACUCCGCGAGGACCUUCUUCCUGUGGUGAGGAGACGGGGAGGGCUUGUUGUGGCAGAGGAACUCGUGCGGUAGAUCCCCUCUGUGGAGGAAGAAAGGAGUACGAUCCGGCUUGCAGACACAGCUCGACCGCUUGCGUGACGUAUGUCCCCCCGGGGGGGUCACCAGGUGGGAACCAAACCCUGAACCUCUGGAUCUGAAACAAAGAUCCCGUGCUCUUUUCGGGUUAGGUCUGCUAACCCGGAGGCAGCGGCAGCCUCAAAAGUUCCCUCAGGUGGACGAGCCGCUUGGGGCUGACUAACCGACCUUCGUAUUCACGUGGGUUACGCUCCCCCUCCGAAAUUUUUGCCCAUGCUCUGUAACGGAGAUGGGAGGAAAAGAUCUCUCCGUGCCCUUUAGGAGGGGCAUGGGGUGGAGGGAGGAGUUUAUUUGAAAGUAUCCCCUUCCCUUCCCCGUAACCCCUAGAAAAACAAAAAAAAAACAGGGAGAUAAUUCUCUGUGUCUGUGCCAUGUUUGUUCUCUUGUUGUUGUGUUUUUAGAGGAGAUUUUAUGAUGGAGUGGAAAAAGUGAAAUGAUUAGUUUUGCAUAAAAAAAGAAAAGCUUAAAAAAAAUUUCUACAGGGAGAGAGAGAGCGCGAGAGAGCGAGAGAGAGCGAGUUUAAAAAUGAAUAAUAAAUGCAGUGAUUGCACAAACUGUAGUGGUUUUAGAUGGUCCUUAGAGAAAAGAGUAUUUUGUAGUAUCGAAGCAUGUGUGUCUGGGAUGGUGUUUGGCUUGCUUGAACUGGAGGGAAAGGCAUUCUUGGGACUGAGCAGCGACCUCCUAGCUGAAAAAGGCAAGUUGCGUGUUGGAGGAACCCUGUCUGCAAACCCUUCCCGUCCUUGCCUCCCAAGUGUCGGAGUGAGUUCCCUUCCCUCCCAUCCCUCUCCUGUGAGCUAAGGUGGAGUCUCCAAAUGGUUUUUCCCCGGCCUUCAGCAACGGCCGGCCCUCGUUCUGCCCGAGCGCGGGCCAGGCCCGCGACACGGAAACAGUUGACUUAACUUUGCAUGCACAGCAAGCUGCUAGAUUUGGGGUGGGCAUGUACCUUCCCUGCCAAGUCGCCGUCUCUUCUCCUUUCCCUCCCCCGAGCCCACGCGGGAUUAAACCCCGCGGGGGCUCACCUCCCGGGAAGCAGACUCGCCCUCCCCUCCUUUUAGGGUCUCUGAGCUUUGCCCGGUGCCAUUUUUCACGCGGGAUUCACCCCAUCGGGACGGAGAACCGAGCCCCAGCCGCCUGUAGUGCGGCGUCCCCGCUCUGGCUGCAGCCGGACCUUGGGGGCGGGUGAAGGCGCUGCCUCGUGCGCUCAGAAGUCUUUGCCGAGAGGCGUGCCCUCUUCUCGAGGCUCCGGGGAGGCGAGAGGAGGGCCCCGACGGGAUUUUGCUCGAGCAGGGCUGCAAUCUUCCUCUCGGCGGUGGCAGGCGACGGAUGUACCGACGCCUCCCACAGCCUCUGCUGUUCUCGGGAGCUUCCUCUUCUCUCUCUCUCCCUCCCUACCCGUCGAGGUCUCUCAGUGCUUCCCGCAGCCUUCAGCUCGGAGCGGCAGCCUCCCGUCUCGUGCUCUCUUCCCUCCUCGCCGAGCAGAGCGGGACUAGGGAGGCGUGAAGCCGAUGAGAUGUGCGAGCUCCUUUCGGGGUGGAAAACAGAGAAAAUAGGCUGUGGUGAGCAGGCCCGGCUGUGGUGAGCCACGGCUCGAUUUCUGUUUUCGGAGGCGCGUUUCUCCACGUCUCCCCUCACCGACCUUCCCAGGGAGAUUUAUGAAAUAAUAAUAAUGAAAUAACGAAACCCGAUCCUGCUCUUUACCAGGUAGGAGCUGUCUCUGAGCUGAGUCUUCCUAGGGAUUUCACUCCCUUUCCCAGCCCCUCUUUGUAGAGGAGGUUUCGGCAGCUCCCGGUGCCUGGAGGUGACCACCUCUUUGGGGGCCUCCUGGCAGAAGAGGAAAAGCUUUCUCGGGGCUCUGCCGUGUGCUGGGGGUGCUGUCCCAAGUUCCCCCCCCCCCAGCUUCUGCCCAGUCUGGGCUGUGGCGUUAGUGAGACGGCUUGGGAGCAGAUCUUUCUCCCCAGGGAGGUGUAACAAACCUGGAGCGCGUGUCUGGCUAAGUGCUUGUUUUUCCCCCUCGCCUCCUUCCCCACCUUCUGACAAGCCCUUUUUCCUCCUUGCCUGGCGCAUCCUUUUACUCCAAUGUCGCUUGCUUUUGCUGCAUUUUUCAAUCGCCCAAUAAUCGUGCAAGAGCUGGGAUCUUAUUUACUUUUUUAUAUAGAAAUAUAUGAAUAUAAAAGAAACGCCCCCUCCCCUCUGCCACCACCCCCUUCUCCCCGCCACCCCGUGUGCAGCCCAUCCCGCCCCACCCCGUGCUCCCCAGGCUGCAUUUUUCUGAGGGUUGGUUUUAUUUUUUUUUUUUAGGGGUGGGGGAGGACGGGCUUUGGGCUCCCCCUGGGUUCGAGGUUCCCUCGUGGUUCGUUGCCUUUCCCCAGGGGUUUUGCCACCCUGUGCCUCUGCCUCCCUGCCACGAUCCGGCUGAGGAUGCCAGGAGCAUGGAUCCCGUGGUGUUUGCACGGGGCUGGAGGGGGCUGAGUAUUGAUUCAGAAAUCCCCCUCUCCCUGCCUGUGCUUCCUUCCCUAGGCGACUCCAGCAAGCAUCGUGGCGCUUCGGGUUUGAGCAAAUAACUGGUUUUAUUUUAAAAGAGUCCUGAGGUCCUUCCCAGAGCGCAAUGCGUAGGGUUUCUUUUUGGUGGGUAUAGGUGGGAGGAGACAUCAGUCUGUCUCCAUCCUCACCCUUUUCCCCCUUUGCCCGUCCAUCCUCUACUUUUCUCCCCUCUCGACGUUGCCCCGUGCUGGACCUUUGGCACCGGCAACUCCGCGCGCGCUCUGUGCAGCGAGUCCAAAGCGCCCUCCGUCCUGGCUGCCGCACUUAAAAAGCUGCCACAGGGCUUCGGGUUCUUCUUCUCCUCUUCAAACUUCUCCUUCCAGCAGUGAAAGGUGCUGUUCCUGGUCUGCCCGUGGGAGACCAGGCUGUCUCCGGCAGCUCUUCUGUCCCUUCCUGCCUCUGUGCGGUGCGAAACGGAGCCUCUCUGGGGCUGUCCCCGGGUGAGGGUUCCUCUGAGGGAUUUGCCUCGAAACCCUGUCCCUCCGAGGGGGAUGGAGGAUUGGAAAGCACAGAGCAGGAGCUCUGAUGUGGCACGUGGAGGAAGCGAGGUGAUGGAAGGGCAGCUGGACGCAGUGCGACACCAGCCUCGGGAGCAGCUCGAAAAACGCAUCGUGCGGGGAGAGAAGGGGCACGGUCGGGACGAGCCCCUGAAGAGCCAACUCCCAGCAGAGCCCCGGCUCUCGUGGCUUUGUUCCCAGCUCCGUGGGGCUCCGGCUUUGCCCUGGUGUGCAGGGGCUGAGGCUGCCCCCCGGGCAGAGAUGUGGCAGGUAGGUUCUCCUCGGCAGGUAGGUGGCCGAAGGGGCGAGCCCGCUGCAGCCGGGCCUGCUGGCUGCGGAGGAGGACGUGGUCUUAGGUCAAGUUCUCAAACGGAAUAAAAAAUAAAUAAAUAAAAAAAUCUCCGUGAUGACUCGUGUUAGGAAAAAGUCGUCAUGGCUGUGCCCCUUUCUUGCCCCCGUUAGCUUGGUUUGCUCUCCUCCCCUCCUCUUCCCCUAUCCCCUGCCGUGAAGCCUCGUUUGCUCCUUGAGAACGGAGGACUCUCUCUCUACUUUGGGAUUUUUUUUUGUUUUCGUUUGUUUCCCUUUUGGGUAGAAAGUUGUCCGGUGGUGGUGGAGGACAGGGGCCUGCCUCAUCUGUUUCUUCCUUUCACCUUCCCCAGUGCCAAGCUUAGGCUCGAAUCCUGCAGAUUCCUGCAACUCUUUCAACGCCAAGCAGGCAAAAGUUGCCCCACUGAGCUCUGUGGUACUCGGGUGCUUCAGAUCCUGCCUGCGCUUGAGUUUUGGCAGCACCAGAGCCUUACUCUUUCUCUUAGAGAAGGGCAGAACUAACUCCUAGAGUGCUGGUGGUUCUGGUGCACCCCAUCUGUCUCUUCAUUUCCCCUCACUUGGCAUACUGAGUGGAGGGGGUCAUUUUUUUAAUUUAAAACAAACCUAAAUAUGUAUCUUGUAAUUUUUUUUUUAUUUUGAAAAAAAAAAAUGCAUUUAAGAAUUGUGCACGGAUGAAUUGUAUAUCUAUAUAUUUUUUUUUGUCUUGCAAUUUUCAUUUUAAAUAGUGUUUGCUUUUGUUCUGUUUUUUGUUGGUUUUUUUUUUUUUGGUUUUGUUUUGUUUUUAAUCCAGUUCCCAGCUGGCUAAACUCUGUCUAGAGUGGAUGGGUGGGAGGCACAGCCACCGGAGGGGCGAUUGAAUCGCCCCUUCCCCUGGCGCUUCCCGCAAAGAAAACUGGUUUGCUCCAGGUUUUGGGGGUGGGGGUUGUGCUAAUUACUCUUGUAUUCUUGUACAUUUUGUUCUUUCUGCUGCUCUUGAAUAUUGUAUCAAUGCCAGAAAUGGGGAGUUAAAAAAAGAAAAAAAAAAAAAGGAAAAAAAAAUUAACCCCAAUAAAUUGUUACAUUCC